AUGGCUCCCGAGCCACUCUUGAGUACGAGAUCCCAACGGGCCUUCAUUGGCACCACCACUCUUCUGACUGUACGUAUAGAGGCGGUUGUGGUGCUCGUGAUGGUCUCGAUCACCUUCAGAUUGGUGGAAGAACAUGUGGAGUUUGAGAGUCAAAAUGGCAGAUACAAAACGCUGCCAUGUUAUUUGGCUCUGUUCAUUCUGGCGGAGCUCUUCGAGCUCUUCAUGGCACUUGACGCAUUGAGGUUGCGAAAUGUCAUUCAAUUGAUUGGCAUUCUAUCCUUUCACGCAGCAAUGAUUGUCAUGGCUUCCCUCCAAAUACACGAGACCCACACUGCAUUGGUAUACUCCGGGCCUGGCGCAGACCCAUUUGUGAAUGGCGGUGGGGUGGGCACAUUGUGGCGAAAAAUCGAGCCAUUUCUGAUUGUCCCGCCCAUCAUAAUCGGUGUCUCGUGGAUUGCGUUGAUCUACUACUUCAGAGAAUUAUACCACGAAUUCGGCUGGGCAAUCUUCCACAUUGUCGGCGCCAAUCCUGCUAUGAGGACAAUGUAUGAAUACUACCAGAUCAUGAUUUGCCUUCUCAAAUUCGAUUUUUUCAUCUUCGUUGGAGUCACCAUGCAACUACUCAUCGUGGUCUUGCAAGAGAACACGGCUGAAUUCGGGCUCACGAUCGCUGCUAUUCCCGUGGUUUUGAUAUUGUUGGCGAUCGCGGGUGUCGCCGUACAGCGCGAGAUCAAAUCGUUAAUGUCCAUCUCCUUAGUGCUGAUGCUGGCCGCUCAGGUUUACUUCUAUAAGCUUGUGCGCUUCUAUGAGCCCGAUUCAGAAGACGAAUAUAUCUCAACACGAGCCACGCUCACCGUCUUCACCGUUGUGGCGUCGUUACUGAUCUUUGCGACAUUCGCUGUGGGCGUGCGGUGCUUCGCGGACUUUGACAAGGGCCUGCACGAUUCAAAGAACCGUGGUCAGUACUACAAGCCUGUUGCCGUCCAAUUGAGAGAGAACUUAUUCGGAGAAUUAACUGAUCGCAAGUCCUCCUACACCGGUGGUGCACCUGUGGAACCCCGAAUAACAAUAGAGUAA